GAUUUUAUAGAUUAUACACUGUAAACAUCUUUCUAUAUCUUGUUUGACUGUUGCUUUAAGAGAUUGACGAGGUUCACGUGGGUGGGCGGGGCUGAAGAGCUGUGGAUGCGCCGCUGUGUGUUUAACAUCGUCACGCAGUGUAAAGGGAGGAAAGCAAGGACCAUGGCAGCUCCAUUCAGAUCACUUGUUGAAGAUUAUUCAAGAUACCUCAAAUCAUUUGAACUCUUUCUGGAUCGCUCAUCAGAGCACCAAUGUAUGCAGGACUUCAUCCAUAAUUCUCUACCAGACAUACUGGGAAGCAUUGGUGGAGGACGGCCCAUUUUUAAUGUAAUGGGAGUAGGGAGUGGAGCAGGUGAGAUUGAUCUAGAGAUUCUAGCACAGCUACACAUGAAACAUCCACAAGUCAAAGUCAACAAUGAAGUGGUGGAACCGAGCACUGACAUGUUACACAAGUAUAAAGUUCUGGUGUCAAACACGCCAAAUCUUGAUUAUAUUAACUUCACGUGGAAUAAGAUGACAGCUUCAGAAUUUGAAAAACACUGGCAGGAGAAAAACCUUGGAAAAAAGAUGGACUUCAUUCACUUGAUACAGAUGCUGUAUUAUGUUAAAGAUCCAGAGGCCACCGUCUCAUUUUUCCGGAGUCUCUUAGAUAAAGAUGGAAAACUCUUAAUCAUUCUGGUGUCAGGUGAGAGUGGAUGGGGGAAAUUAUGGAGGACCUACAGAGCUGCUCUCUGUAACACUGAGAUCAGCCAGUGUGUCACUACUGGAGAUAUAAAGACCUUCUUGGAUACCAAGGACAUCCCAUACACUGAUUAUGUUCUUCAGUCCCAUAUGGACAUCACAGAGUGUUUCACAGAGGGAGAUGAGGUCGGAGAACUGCUGUUGGAUUUCCUAACUGAGGUAAUGGAGUUUAGUAAGAAUGCACCUGAGCACCUGAAGAAAGGAGUGCUGGACUUACUGAGACAUCCAGACUGCAGUAAAGAGGUGGACGGCAGGAUAAUGUUCAACAAUAACCUGGAAGUCUUAGUGGUUGAGCCAUAGCCCCAUGACUUCUUAAUAUCUGACCUCCAAAGGACUUUUGGCAUUUAAUUUCAAGCCAGUGCAGAAUGUGUACUGUAUUUUUACAUUUAGAAUUUCUAUACCAGAAAUAUGGUGGUCUGGCUUAUCAUAACAUAAUAAACAGUAAUUGCAUAGCUUGGGCAUCAUAAUGUACACACAUAUUUUCAUUUAAAUAAAGGUCUAUGGGGAUUAUAGAUUACUUGGCAAAACAGAUAAAACAUGCCUCGGUAGCAAAGUACAAAUGUGUAAUGACUUAUUAACUGAGUAGCUUAAGAGUGAGUUUAGUAUGACAUACUUUAUAAUGAAACAUUAUGUUUUGUUUGCUUAGUGACUAGUUGUGCUAUUGUGGGCUAUUGUUUUAAAUCAGACAGGACUAAGGUUAGCUUAAGCUAUACAGUACAUUAAAGAUACAUGCAUUUAAAAAUACAAUUAAAGAGUUAUUCUUGUUGUUGCCUAUGAUAGGUCUUUGAAAUAGCACUGCUUUUAUUUUUACAUACAGUAUUAUUGUAAAAAUCGUUUUCUGUUCCACGUAACAAUGAAAUCAAAUAAAUUGGGAUAAACCACUUAAACAUACA